AUGGGGUAUUUUGUUCCGCAUACUAGCCUCGAAAACUUGAAGGCAUACAAUUAUCAGAGUGAUGAUCGCUCAAUUGUAUCCUAUUAUUUGUUGAAACCAUUUUGGAGAAAGUUUUCGCAAAUCUUCCCUCUAUGGAUGGCCCCAAAUGUAGUCACUUUAUCUGGUUUCGGCUUCAUUAUUAUCAAUGUGCUCACUGUCUUGUAUUAUGAUCCUGGAUUGAACAAGGAAUCGCCACGUUGGACUUACUUCUCGUAUGCGGUAGGUUUAUUUUUGUACCAAACGUUUGAUGCUUGUGACGGGAUGCAUGCCCGGAGAACUGGUCAAUCGGGCCCUUUGGGUGAACUAUUCGAUCAUUGUAUUGACUCGCUAAAUACUACUCUCUCCCUUAUCCCAUUUUGCUCAACUACCGGUAUUGGUUAUUCUUAUUUGUUUAUCCUCAGUCAAUUUGCAGUCCUGUGGAACUUUUACCUGAGUACUUGGGAAGAGUACCACACGCAUAUGCUCUUCCUCAGUGAGUUUUCUGGCCCAGUUGAAGGUAUAUUACUAAUUUGUUCCAGUUUCAUCUUGGCUGGUAUCUUUGGUCCACAGACUGUCUGGCACACAGAGAUUGCCAACUUUUAUAUGGGCGCAUACAAUAUCAAGUUCGAAACUCUGGACCUAAUGAUUGCCUUCUCAGCAAGCGGUUUAUUCUUUAACGUCAUCUCCGCCAGAAGAAAUGUCAUUAACUAUUACAAGAAGGAAGACAAGCAAACCUACCAGAAGAAGCAAUCAGCAGCAAUGUUGGGACUUGCUCCAUUCUACGUUUACUACGCUACAGUUUUCCUUGUUAUCAUCAUUGAGCCUAAAUUCAUCAGUUUGCCCUUCAUUCUGUCCAUUGGGCUUACAAUGGCAUUCGUGGUUGGUCGAAUCAUUAUAGCUCAUUUGACCAAGCAAAAAUUCCCAAUAGAUAAUCCCCCAAUGGUCAUCCCCUUUUUCCAGAUCGUGCUCCACACAAUUGCAACUCGCUUCCUCGGAUAUGACAAUGAUGAGGUCGUCAAAGCUUUAGUGUGGAUGGGUUUCGGUCUUUCAAGCGGUAUCCAUCUGAUGUUUAUCAAUGAUAUCAUUUACGAUUUUACAGCGUAUUUGGACAUCUACGCAUUGUCCAUCAAGCAUCCCAAGCAUGCUUAA